AUGGCUAAGACCUCGAAUGUCUCCUCCUUCCAGAACCUGUUAAACAGAAAUCAAGCACAACUCAACACACAACAAAAUAAACAUCCCCAAACCACCCUUGUUGUUGAGCAAAGGGAAAGGAAGCCUCGAAUCAGCCCCUCACCAAGAACUUGUGGAGGACUUGCCGAUCGGCACCCCCUGGCUGAACUUGGAAAAAGGACCACCGCAACACGGAGCUCACACCAAGGACCCAGCUCCAACUCGUCCCAAACGGCAAGGACCCAGCUCACGGAAACUAGCAAUUCCAACUCCAAUUCCCAGCUUUGCCAAAGCUGUGACCAGAUGAACCCAAACUCAAGAAAAAUUGAAGGCCCAACUCACAGAACCUUGCCCAAGCCACCACGAGCUGCUAAAGCAACCUUCCAGCCAUGUCAAUUCUCCUACCGAGCCACCUUGCCGAACGGUAGGCGUGGAGCAACUCCCGAUCCAAGAAUGAACACAUUGAUCCGUAGCUUUGGGAUGACACUCCAAGACUUCUAA